AAUUACAUCUUCUAUCAGACAGGAUACCUUGAAAAUUCCCCUCCCCCCCCACCCCGUGCCUCCGAACAAAAUCUUUGAGGCAUCAAUGAGAUGAGAGGGCCUGGUGAGACACCAGGUACUUGGGAGUUGUCUAGUAACUAGCAGGUUGGCAGGGGAGGGACUAGCUCAGGAUUGGGAUCAGCCGCAGUUCUGCAUGCGGAUUGCUGCCUGGAGAGAGUUGCAGUUGCAGUGGCCGGGAGGCUCGAGACUGCACGAGAAGGAGGACCUCUUCAGGACCCACAGGAUCCCUAAGAUGGCCAGCUGCCAGCCUGGAUGGCCAUCAGUGGCCGGAAUCACGCUGUAGCUCUGAACCUGCAGCUCCUCCUCCUCUGGCCCCUGCAUUGGAGAAGUUGGGCUGGAAAAUCAGCAUGAUCUGGUAAGUGGAAGCCCCGCUGCUUCAAGACAUGGAGGCCUCUUUCUCGUUUGGAGUGAUACUUGCUGUGCUGGCCUCCUUCAUCAUUGCUGCUAAUGCACUAGUGGCCCUGGCUGUGCUGUUGCUGAUCCACAGGAGCGACGGUGUAGGUCUCUGUUUCACCUUGAAUCUGGCUGUGGCUGAUGCCUUGAUUGGUGUAGCCAUCUCUGGCCUGGUCUCUGACCAAGUCUCCAACUCUGCUCAGCCCACACAGAAGACCCUGUGCAGCCUUCGGAUGGCAUUUGUGACUUCCUCUGCAGCUGCCUCUGUCCUCACGGUCAUGCUGAUCGCCUUUGACAGGUACCUUGCCAUCAGGCAGCCCCUCCGCUACUUCCGGAUCAUGAGUGGGCUCGUGGCUGGAGCAUGCAUUGCUGGGCUGUGGUUGUUGUCUUACUUCAUCGGUUUCCUCCCACUCGGAGUCCCCAUCUUCCAGCAGACCGUCUACCAGGGACCCUGCAGCUUCUUUGCUGUGUUCCACCCUCGCUUCGUGCUGACCCUCUUCUGCGUUGGCUUCUUCCCAGCCCAGUUUCUCUUUGUCUUCUUCUACUGCGACAUGCUCAAGAUUGCCUCCAUGCACAGUCAGCAGAUCCGAAAGAUGGAGCAUGCAGGAGCCAUGGCUGGAGCUUGCCGAGCUCCACGGAUUCUCAGCGACUUCAAGGCUGUCCGCACCGUGUCUGUGCUCAUCGGAAGCUUCACUCUGUCUUGGGCUCCCUUCUUUAUCACUGGCAUUGUGCAGGUGGCCUGCCAGGAGUGCCAGCUCUACGUCGUGUUGGAACGAUACCUGUGGUUGCUUGGGGUGGGCAACUCCCUCCUCAACCCACUCAUCUAUGCCUAUUGGCAGAAGGAGGUACGACAGCAGCUCUAUCAGAUGGCCUUGGGAGUGAAGAAGGGGCUCACUGCGGUGUUCUUCCUCUUAGUCUCGGCCAAGCAUGGAGGCCCAGAGAGGCCCAGAGAAAGUUCUUGUCGCAUUGUCACUAUCUCCCACUGCGAGCUCAAUGGCUAAGAUGAUAAGGGCCUAGAAAUCUCCAAGUGCCUUUCCCUUGUCCCCUCUGGGACU